AUGACGGACCAGGCUCAAGAAGCUUACGAGCGUCUCACUAAGAACCUUUCCUUUGACUCGCACGGUGUCACCGAGCCCGUCGACCUCCCUCACAAUGUGCCAGCUUCCAACUCGGCAUCGAACGUAGUUGACUCGGCUCCUGCUGGUGCUACUCCCCUCGCUGCCACUGAUGCCUCCUCUGCUGCAUCUGGUGCUCCUGCUCCUGCUUCGGCUCCUGUGACCAAUGGUUCCAGCUCUCUCAAGCUCAACGGCGCCAAGGCUGCUCCCGUCAACGGACAUGUCAGCGUCAACGGCGCCAAGGCUGCUCCCGUCAACGGACAUGUCAGCGUCAACGGCGCCAAGGCUGCUCCCGUCAACGGACAUGUCAGCGUCAACGGCGCCAAGGCUGCUCCCGUCAACGGACAUGUCAGCGUCAACGGCGCCAAGGCUGCUCCCGUCAACGGACAUGUCAGCGUCAACGGCGCCAAGGCUGCUCCCGUCAACGGACAUGUCAGCGUCAAGUACGCUCCCGGAGGCAAGGUCAAGCUCACCAAUUACCCUUCUAUCGCCAACGCUCCUCUUCCCGCUGAGGGCAACGGUUCCUUCAGCAAUUUCCACCUUGCUGGUCUCAUCCUCGUCACCCCCGCUGUCGUGCUCCGUAUCAUUCCCAUCGUCAACCCCAAAUGGUUUGGAUGGUUCAGCUACUUGAUCCUCUGCGCCAUCUUCGGCGUUCCCGUCACCAUCAGCUACUGGACUGUCAUGUCCACCUACGGCCCUCGCAAGAAUGAGAAGGUCACUCUUCCUGGCAAGCCUCUUGAAUUCUACAUGGAUAUCAAGGACCCCGAGCUCCGCAAGAAGUACCACGGCGACAAGAAGAUUCCUUACCAGGUCUUCCACGAUGCUUACUUUGCCGCCAAGAUUGAGCCCAAGAUGCCCCUCAACGGGCUCCUCGAAUACCGAUGGGACUGGUGCUCCAUGCAGUUCACUCGGAAACUCUUCGAGUACGUUUUCUUCAAUCUUGUCCCCGAUGUUCUCAUGCACACUGCCAAGCAGGACCAGACCCAGAUUCAGGACAACUACGACCGAGGUGACGACUUCUACGCUUGGUUCCUUGGUCCCCAGAUGAUCUACACCUCCGGUAUCAUUUCCGACCCUAACAAUGCCGAGACUCUCGAGGAGCUCCAGGACAACAAGCUCAACCUUGUCUGCUCCAAGCUCGACUUGCAGAAGGAGGACCGUGUGCUCGACAUCGGCUGUGGUUGGGGUACGUUUGCUACUUUUGCCGCUGUCAACUACGGAUGCGACGUAACCGGCGUCACUCUCGCCGAGACUCAGACUCACUUCGGUAACGAUCGUCUCAAGAAGAACGGCAUCGACUCCAACCAGGCCCGUAUCCUCAACCUCGACUACCGUGACAUUCCCGUGCAGCCCGGACACUACAACAAGAUUAUUUCGCUCGAGAUGGCUGAGCACGUCGGUAUCCGUCACUACGACAAGUUCCUCUCGGAUGUCUACAACUUGCUCGAUGACGAUGGUGUCUUUGUCUUCCAGGUUGCUGGUUUGCGUCCUACUUGGCAGUUCCAUGACCUCAACUGGGGUCUCUUCAUGAACAAAUACGUCUUCCCCGGCGCUGACGCUUCCCUUUCGCUCGGAUGGGUCGUCACUCACCUCGAGAAGGCCGGCUUCGAGAUCCGAUCCGUUGAUGUCGCUGGUGUUCACUACUCGGCCACCAUCUUGCGAUGGGCUCAGAACUGGGAAUCCAACAAGGAGAAGGUCGUCGCCAAGUACGGUGACCACAUGUAUCGUAUGUGGAGCUUCUUCCUCUGGUCCAGUGUUAUCGUUGCUCGUGAGGGUGGCAGCUCUGUCUUCCAGUUCACUCUGCACAAGAACCUCAACGCCUACCACCGCAUCAACGGUGUCAAGUCGCACGGUGGCUUGCUUCCUCGUCCUCCUAUCUCCAAAUUCAAAUCGGUCUACAACUAG